GUGACUUUAUUUAUAACUUUAUAACAAUGAGGUUAUUUCGAAGGAACUAUGGACCCCGCAAGCUGGCUAUGGUGGGCAUUGUUUUUGUGAUAUUUGUGUUCAUCAUGCACAAAGAUGUUGGGAAUGGAGAAAAAAAUGAGCCCUGGAUAAAAAACAUAGUUGUUAGAAAAGAUCAAAUGUUUGAUAUGAUGAUGGGGGCAGUGAACAAUUUAAGGGAUUCUAUGCCAAAGCUCCAAAUUAUGCCCCCUGUUAAAGAAGAAGGGCAUGUAGAGGACAAAAAUUCAUGCCUACCUGGAUAUUACACUCCAUCAGAACUUAAACCAUUAAUGGAGAGACCUCCACAAGAACCAAAUAGCCCUGGUGCUGAUGGGAAAGGAUUUCAAAAGGACAGCUGGACUGAAGAAGAGACUAAAGAAAAAGAAAAAGGAUUUGACAAGCAUUGCUUCAAUGUUUAUGCCAGUGAUAGGAUUUCCCUUCAUAGAGCCUUGGGCCCUGACACCCGACCUCCAGAGUGCAUUGAGCAGAAGUUCAAGCGCUGCCCUUCACUGCCCACAACCAGUGUUAUAAUUGUCUUUCACAAUGAGGCUUGGUCAACUCUUCUUCGUACAGUGUAUAGUGUCUUAUACACCUCACCAGCCAUUCUACUGAAAGAGAUCAUUCUAGUAGAUGAUGCCAGUGAAGAUGAAUAUCUGAAGGAAAAGCUGGACGACUAUGUAAAGGCAUUACAGAUUGUGAAAAUUGCAAGACAGAAAGAGAGAAAGGGAUUAAUUACAGCAAGGUUGCUGGGUGCCAGCAUUGCCACGGGUGAAGUGUUGACCUUCCUGGAUGCCCACUGUGAAUGUUUUCAUGGUUGGCUGGAACCUUUGUUGUCAAGAAUUGCAGAAGAUCACACUGCUGUUGUAAGUCCAGCCAUCACAAGUAUAAACCUAAACAGCUUUGAAUUUCUCAAACCGGUCCAACAUGACAAAAUGAACAUCCGUGGAAUGUUUGACUGGAGUUUGUCAUUUGGCUGGGAAGUAAUCCCUGAAGCUGAUCAGAAACAAAGAAAGAAUGAAACCUAUCCCAUCAAGACUCCUGCAUUUGCUGGAGGUCUGUUCUCCAUAUCCAAAGCCUACUUUGAACACAUUGGCUCCUAUGAUGAAGAAAUGCUAAUCUGGGGAGGAGAAAAUGUGGAAAUGUCUUUUAGGGUCUGGCAGUGCGGUGGGCAGCUGGAAAUCAUUCCCUGCUCUGUAGUCGGUCAUGUUUUCCGCAUAAAGAGUCCUCAUAGUUUCCCUAAUGGUACCAAGGUGAUCACCAGGAACCAGGUGCGCCUGGCAGAGGUGUGGAUGGAUGACUACAAAAUCAUAUACUACAGGAUGGAUGAUCAGGCUGCAAAAAUGGUUAAAGAGAAAUCCUUUGGCGACAUUUCUAAAAGACUCAAGCUGAGAGAAGACUUGCACUGUAAGAACUUCACAUGGUACCUCGAAAAUAUCUAUCCGCAAUUGUUUGUGCCUCACCGAUAUCCUCCAUAUUCUGGUGCGGUUAAAAAUGAAGGAACACAGACAUGCCUUGAUGCGGUGGAGAACAAUAAUGGUGAAGAGCCGCUGAUGAUGUAUCCAUGCCAUGGAAUGGGUUCUGAAAUUGGCCCUGUAGAGUUAGCAAGUGCCGGGCCAAGUCGGCCGGGCGCCCUAGACAACCUGGCUGACAAUGUCGUCCCACCGCUCAUGCAGAAGUUCGCAAGCGGCGAGGAAGUGCGAGUAUGCAUGCACGGAAGAGUGUACUUUGAAUAUAGCACACGCAAGGAGCUGCGCCACAACAUAGGAAUGCAGCUAUGUUUGCGUUCCAAAUAUGAUCCAGGGUACGUGGAGCUGAGAGAGUGCCAGUACAAGGGAAGAAAAACAACUGUUCCAGACAAUGAAGAAUGGGAGUAUACAAAGGACCUUUUAUUUAGAAAUGUGGGUUCCAACAUGUGUUUGACAGCACGAGAUGAUCACCCAUCCACUGAAAAAUGCAACCCUGCAGACAUUCACCAACGUUGGAGUUUCAGCUAA